UUACUCUUAUUCUUAUUUCCGAUUUGUUUUCCCCUCGUUAGUCACCCCUUUAAAAUUGAGGAGAACUUCUUUUCUUUGAUUCUUUCCUUCCAAAAUCUAAUGCAUUCUUCUGUCACAUCCAAUAAGAAGACGGAUCAGCUUGCAGUUGCAGGGUAAGUCACAAGCGCCCUAACUUGACCAAUGGAUGCGGGUACACUUAAAGCAAUGAGGAAAGAAGAAGAAGAUGUUAUCAGCAAAGUACCAGAAAAGGUUCUGGGUCAUAUCCUCUCUUAUCUUCCAACAAUAGAAGCGGUUCAAACAAGCGUAUUGUCAAGUAAAUGGAGGUACCUUUGGACUCAUAUAGACAAUCUUGAAUUCGAUGCUGAUGAUUUCCUUGGUGAUCGUAAUUUUUUUAUGGACUUUGUGGACCGCGUUCUUCGCCUUCACCAUACUAACCAUAUUGAGAAAUUCAGUCUCCGAUUUUAUGACUUAAAAAGCGAUUUACCUCGUGUCAACGAGUGGAUUCGCUAUGCCAUGAGUUGCAACGUUAAGGAGCUUGAGCUCCUCCUCCUGUCAUCAAAUGAGGAGGGAAUUCCAGUUAGGUUGCCUGAUAACUUUUCAAGUUGCGACUCACUAGUGGCACUAAAUCUGGGAAACGACUUCGUUUUCGAUAUUCCCUCAACAAACAAAUGUUUCCCCAGUUUGAAAGUCCUUCAUGUUGAUGUUACGAGUCCGGAUGACGAGUUUUUGAACAAGCUUUUUUGUAGCUGUCCGGUGCUUGAAGAUUUCUCUGUAUGCGGAGAUUUUCAGUAUGGUGGUGACUGUGAUUUUGCUUUCAAAAUUUCUAUGCCAACAUUGAAAAAGUUGAAAAUUAAGUUGAUUUAUGAUGAUUUUAAAGAUGAGUUGGAUAAUGAGUUCAUUAUUGAGACCCCAAAGCUUGAAUAUCUUAGCAUUCAAGAUCCCUCCAUAGCUUUUUUUGUGAUAGAUGAAAUACCCUCCAUAAUUGAAGCCCAUGUGGGUAUUGGCCAUACUAAUUACAUCAGAGACAACUUAGUAUCCGAGUACCGAGCUCUACGAGUGAUGGAAGUUCUCAAAGGAGUUAGAAAUGCCAAGUCUCUUACUCUUUGUGAAAACACUAUUGCUACUCUCAGCUCUACUUUUAAUGACGCUGACGAUUUCCCCACAUUUCUACAUUUGAUGCAUCUACAAUUGGGGAUUGAUUAUUGCUUUGGAUGGAAGUUAUUGCCGCAUUUCCUAAAAAUCUCACCUAGUCUCAAGUCCCUUGUGUUGGAGAAGGAAUAUCCCAUGGAUGAAGAGGAUGAGAUAGAGCGCGAGGCUAAUUUUGGGUGGAUUUCACCAAGAUUUGCACCUUACUGUUUAUCACAACAUUUAAAGGAAAUUAAGAUGAAAAAUCUUUGGAGAUCUGAAGAUGAAGUGGACGUGGUUAAGUAUUUAUUAGAAAAUAGCAAAGUCUUGGAGAAGAUGUGUAUCAAGUUUGAUCCAGUCAAAGAACUAGUUAAGGAAGAGCUAGAUGAGAAUAUGAUUAAAAGGUUUCCUAGAGGUUCUGAGAAAUGUAAAAUUGAAUUUGUUUGAAAUGUUAGCUUCAUGG